UCCUUUGUUUAGUUUCCACUGACCAUGUGACCUGACCUGUGUGUUUCUGUUUGUAUGUGUGUGUGUCAGGUAAUCCUGAGAUCUACAUUGGUAUUGGUGCAUGUGUCUUGCUGUUGGUUGCUGUUGUGGUCUGGCUCAUCAAGAAGCGUUCCAAAGGCCAAGCUAAUUCUGUGGCUCAAUCAAGAUCUAUAAGCUCCCUUGGUGACACCACAGCUGAUACUUUCCAAUCCAGUCAUGACAUCCCUGUUCCUCUAGAUUUGCAGAGAACAGGGAAUGCCAGCCAUCUUGAAGACUAUUGAGAGAAGGCGGUGGCAAUCAGCUAGGCAGAAAUUGGGGAAGAGGAGAAAAAACAAUUACUGGAGGAAGAACUUACUUGGAACACAAGUGUAAAGGACAGGGUCAAUCAGAACAACCAGAACAAUGAGGCUGUGAAAACUGGAGAGGGAGAGGGAGAGAAGAAACCAUUACUAGACAAGGCAGGAUCCACUGAUACAGAUCUUAUUGUGAGUAAUAGCCCGUUCAAACUGAACAACCAGAAUCAGGUUAGCGGUUGGGAGUCCGAAAAGAGACAGAGGGAAAAAAAGUGUAGAAUCCAAACAGAACAUGAAUGUUACCAUGGGGAGUAUUACCGAAGAAUCCGGCCAAAUUGCUCCUCCGAAGCCACCUCGGAGCAGCCUUAACUAUAAUUCACCGUACCCACAGAUUCUGGAGACACAGCACAGCAGUUGGAGAGGACGUGUCCAAAGCAUGGGUGGUUAUGGCACAGAGGGAGCGGGAGAUGGAGAGGGAGAUGGACAGUUUAUGCCCCAGAAAGUCCUAAUCUUAGACACAGGGGAGGAGAGCAGAGGAAAGGAUGCGGGGCCAAGAGAGGAGGGAGAACACGUUGAGAAAGAGAAGGUAAUAGAAGAUGAUUUAGUGACAGAGGAUGGAGAGGGACAAGAAGAGACAGGUAGGAGAGGUGAUGGAGGAGAAAGAAAUGGACAGGAGAGACUGAAAAGAAUGAAGAAGAGCAGGGAAGAAGGGAGAGGAAGAAGAGGGAGAAUAAAGGAGAAGAGACACAGAAGGGAGAGGAAGGCAAGAGCCCAACUUCUCCCAAACAACCACUCCAUCGCAAUGACCCCCCACCACCUCUCGCCCCAAAACCAUCCAAUAUGGCAUGGCAACCAGAUGGAUGUAGAACAAGGAAGCAUAGUGAAAACAAUGGAAACCCAGAGCAGUGGGCAGGUAGACAGAGAGGGAGGAACACCUGGCCUAUCAGGUCUGAGGAGACCCACUAGCAGAGUGUCAGACAGUACAGACACUCCUGAUAGAAACAGUCUAGGAUUGUCAGCUGUUUCUAUAGCCACAACAAGUUCAGGUGCACCCUCCGGACCAGGAGAAACAAGUUCAGGUGCACCCUCCGGACCAGUAGACACCAGUUCAGGUGCACCCUCCGGACCAGGAGACACCAGUUCAGGUGCACCCUCCGGACCAGGAGACACCAGUUCAGGUGCACCCUCCGGACCAGGAGACACCAGUUCAGGUGCACCCUCCGGACCAGGAGACACCAGUUCAGGUGCACCCUCCGGACCAGCAGACACCAGUUCAGAUACAAUGUGUAAUAGAGAGCAGCUCAGAUACUGUCUACUAUAGUAGAAAAUGUACCAACAGAGACCAGUACAGCUACAGCCUCUGUACCAGGAGAAACCAGUUGAAAAGCACUUGUUGAAAUAGUUUGUUAAACAAAAAUA